AUGGUCGAAUCAAGUUUUGAUGGAGAUGUUACGACAACGGAGACGACCGUUCAUGAUGAGAAUAUUGAAAUUGGUUCAAUCACAUCAGAACGGAUGAUGUUUUCAGCCCAGCCGAAAAUCCGAAUCCCUGAUUUGAAUAAAACAACAUCCGAAAUCCCCGAAAAACACAAUACUAUUCAAUUGCUUCGUCUGCAAAAGUCACAGUGUUGUGUGAAACAAGCUGAAUGCAUGCGAGAUUUUUUAUCGAGCGCUUUUCUAUCGGAUAUUCAAUUUUAUUGGUUGAUCACAACAAAGUCGCUCUUUCAGAUGAUUAUUGUGCGGUGAGUAAUGGGCAAUUUCAUCUAAUAUUUUUAGACUAAAAACCCGAACCCUUUAUUUACUAAACCAAGCAAAAGUUCACUGGCGGAGCACCAACUUCAGUGAAGUUACAUUAACCUAAUUUAUAACAUUGAACCAAGAUUUUUCGCGAAUUAGAGUCAUGGAGACGCUUUUUGAAAAUAAGCCAUCACUGCAGAGAUUCCAAAUACACCUCUGUCGAUCAAUUUAUUUUAUUUUUCAGAGACAAUGGUUCUCGACUUGUAUGAUGGAUAAGUGAAUGUUCGAAAUGUGGCGUAUGUUCGGAAAAGAGAACAUGGAAACUUGUUUUGUAAUGCUUGUGAUCAAUUCGCUACAAUGCAUUGGAAACCGCUUUUUGUUUCCAUCUGGGUCCGAUUAUUUUGUGCAUCUUUACUCAAGACAUUAAAAGUGAGUUAUUUUAAAAAAUUGUGCUCUAUAAACAAAACCAAAAAAGUAUUCAGUUCGGCACCACCGACUUUGGAUUUUUUCUGCCACGAGUGCACGUUUUGGAUGACAGUAUCGAAUCAUCUUCUUCUUGAAUCAAUUCCAGGGAAACUGACAAAGAACGAAACCCAAUCGGCCAAACGUUUUGCAGCCUUCAAAUUCGGUUGUUCGGCAAGAAGGAUGUUCGACAAAAAAUGA